UUUUUUUCUUUUGUAUGUUCAUUCCUCGAUCAGUCAAACGAAAAUAUUAUGACUUGCCAUCUAAUGAUCAACAUAUCAAUAAGAAGAAACUACUGAACAUCACCCAAUCAACAGAUCCUUCAUUAUUGACUUGCCACAAUGACAGUGAGAGUAAUAUACCAGAUCAGCAUAUAGACAACAACAUUGAUACCUCCACCUCGACAAUAUCGGAAGAUGACAUCAAACAGUUCUCAUCACAGCAACGACUAGUUCACCCUGAUCAAGAUGAACCCAUUUGUAUUAUUUGUGGUAAAUAUGGCGAAUACAUUAACGACAACACAGACAACGAUGUGUGUAGCUUGGAAUGUAAAGGAAUCGAUACAGAUCUUUGCCAACCAUCUCAUGGAUCGUUGAUACGAAAACAACAACAACAACAACAACAAAAUACUGUCAUGGUGCAACAUUACACAGCGGAAAAUGUACAUGCUAAAUGGACAAAUUAUCAAGAAUCGGAUUCUGUUCGCACAAUGACUCGUGGACAGAAAGAAGCGAUAUUCAAAGCACACGACAUUACUGUCAAAGGGGAUCGUCUACCAAGACCUAUUACAAGUUUUGAUCAAUGUUAUAACAGUUUGGGAGAUCAACUUUAUAGUAAUUUGGAAACUAAUCUUGGAUGGCAUAUGGCGACAAGUAUUCAACGAAUGGCGGUACCAGUGGGUUUAGCCGGUCGCGAUCUUCAUGUCACAGCACCUACUCAUUCUGGUAAAACAGGAGCAUUUCUGAUUCCUUUGAUAGUUCAUUGUCAAUCUCUAAAUGUUAUACACCGAUACAAACGACGCGGCGGACCUUAUGCAUUAAUUGUGGCACCUACUAGAGAACUCUGUCAACAAUUGGAAGUGAUCACAAAGAAAUUGGCAAAAAACAUUCGAAACAUGCGAACAGGGUUAUUGAUUGGUGGUCAGCCUUUAUCUACUCAACUUUAUCGACUUCGAAAGGGUGUUCAAAUUGUUAUUGGGACACCAGGGCGUAUUUUGGAUAUUGCGAUUCAUCAUCCAGCCAUGCUUCGACUUUGGAUGAUACGUAUGGUAGUGUUGGAUGAAGCAGAUGCUAUUUUUGGGUUGGGCUUUGAACAUCAAAUCAAGGAAAUCAUGGGAAAACUAUCCAACAAGGCAGUUUUGCAGAUAAGUUUAUUCUCUGCUACUUUUGGUGAUGGGGAUGAUGGAUUCAAGACGAAAAUGUAUGGUUAUCUCAAAGAUCCGGUGGAAAUCAGCAUACGACCCACAAAUGACGACAAUGAUGAUAUCAACGAGGGAAAAAAGGAAGUAAUGAUGGAUAACAACAAGAAUAUAGCUACUCCAUUGGUGCGACAAACAGUACUUUGGGUGGAAAAUGAUAAAAAAGCCAAACGAUUACUAUCUAUUCUCAAUAAUCCGAAGUACUUUUUACCACCUAUCUUGGUAUUUGUAGAAAGUCGAUUGGGUGCUGAAUUUCUGACAAGAGCAAUACAAAAGCGGAAUGGAUCAUUACGGGUGGUAGCUAUGCAUGCUGACAAGGAUCAAAGUGAACGUGCAAGUAUAGUAGCAGGGGUGAACAAUGAACAAGAUUUGGCAUGGGAUGUGGUGGUGACAACUGAUGUUUUGUCACGUGGGAUUGAUUUGCCGUACGUCCGAUUGGUUAUCAAUUAUGACAUGGCCUCUACUUUGGAAGAUUAUAUUCACCGAAUUGGUCGUGCUGUUAUUCGUGGACCUUUACCCAAAGGAUCAAGACAACAAAGAGGUUGGGCUAUUACUUUUAUUAACAAGGAACAUAAUUAUUUGCUACCUUCUUUCACUAAAAUGCUUAGCGAUAAGGCACUUCACCAAGUUACACCAUUGCCUUCACAACUAAAGCGAUAUCUCUGAAACAACAAGACAUCGAUGGUUAUAUUAUUUUAUUUUUUUUUGGAUGAAACACGUAUAUGUCUAUUCUUGAUCGCCAUACAACCAUGAUCAUUGUAGAAAUCCCUUGAUCAUCCACGUGAAUCCAUCGACCAAGUGAACAGGUCGCGCUACUAGGCUGGUGUUGAAACUUGAUCCUGAUUGGGUGAACGCCAGGUACAAAAUUCGAAUGCUUUCUCUUCUCC